AUGGGCGACCCCCCGUCCACAAAACCCACCCUCGUCGACUCCUUCGCCAGCAAACCCGAGCACACCCCCAGCCCCAUAAGCCGCCUCCUCCCCGGCGAAACCAUCACCGAAGCCGGAAAACGCCUCAGAUUCCGACUCGACGAAGCACCCCCCCACUUCACGCGCACCGCAAACGACGAAUCCGUCGCGUGGGGAGCCGCCUGGCUCGCCUCGGAACCCCUAUGGACAACAGCCAGCCGGAUGGGUCCAGACCCAGAAUGGAAAGGCGUACAGAUACUCGGCGAAGGCGGGAAUGGCACAGCUGGGAAAUGGGAAUUGAGAUAUGGAAGGCCGGCUGCGGGGACAAAGGGACGGUUACCUUUUAAGAAGUGUAUGGUGAAGCAGCAGGCGGGGAAUUCGGGGGAUAUAGGGAAUGAGUCGAAGAUUUAUGAGGUGCUGCGUCAUGCGUCCACGCAGCAUGUCGUUAGGAUGUAUAGACGGUUGUAUGAGGAUGUGGGGUUGGGGACUGUGAGGGCGGAUGCGAAGGGCCCUGUGCAGAGGAUCUAUUUGGAGUUUUGUGAGAAGGGGAAUUUGUAUGAUAGGAUUGAUAAUAAGUUUAAGGAAAAACGAUAUUUUGAGGAAUAUGAGAUUUGGGAUGUGUUUCAUUGUUUAGCACGGGGAUUGUAUGCUAUGCAUUAUGGGCAUGAAAAUCUUGAUGAGGAGCGAUGGGAUCGAGAUGAGAUAGUUCAUUUUGAUUUUAAAGCUCCCAAUGAUGGUGUGGCACAGAACCUUAUAAACUACCUAACUCGAAGGAAUGAACUCGAACGACCUUGGAUGGUUAAAGGCCCUAAAAGCAUGCGGGAGGCAGGCGACGGAAAUAUCCUCAACAAUCUUCGCUAUGGAACUCACUCCAACGUGUGGCAGCUUGGACUUAUAAUGUGGCAAAUGAUUCAUUGUACGGAGUGGGAACACGAAGAUUUCCCCGACGACGAAUAUGUUUGCAGGGGUCAAGUGGAAUGGCCAGAUAACAAAUACUAUCGACCUGGUCCUGAGGGAAGAUUUGCGCUUAAAAUUUACAAAGUAGCCAAUACUUGGCUAGGCAAGAAUGAUCCAGUGGGUGGAGUCCAUACUCUUGCUACGCAAGAUGAUAUAGACUACUACGACGGAAUGUACGAUGAGCUACCAGCUGAGCCCAUAGCUAACGCCGACAAGACGAUUUCGGAAGCAGAACGCCACAUGAAUAGGAAAAUGCGACGAAUUGAAAAUAUUGCGAGGAAAAGCGUACGUAAGAAGCGAAUAUAUAGCGAUACAUUGCACAAACUGGUGAUGGAUUGUUUGAUUAUACAAACAGAAGGACGAAUUCAUGUCAAAGACCUAUAUCGAAAGACGCAAAAGUUCAAGAAUUUCUGGCGAGGAAAAGUAAAACCAGACCUACCACCGCCUUACGCACCCGAACCUGAACUCGGAGAGCUUCCGGCCCCAUGGGACGAUACCACGAAAGAAAGUGGCGGAGGCUUAGGCAUACCCGUCAAAGAAGAACACGAAUCUCAUCCUCGCGGUCUUUUUGAUCUGUUUGACAGGACCCAAAGGCAUGAAAGGGCGGAGCAAAUUAUAAAAUGGUCUCGGGACCACCCAAUUCAGGAUGUGCAGGAUCAUGAGGAGAACGAGGCACAGGGACUCAUAGUACGCAAUUUAAGACACACUGUCAGCUUCAGGAAUAAAGUACGCAUGUAUGGGGGCCAGAGACAAAGGCCUAGGAUGCCCGUACCCGAGCCGUUUCCAGAUGGAUUCAAAUAUGAUCGUCCCGGGCAAAAUAAGGGAGCCGCAGACCCUGGACAGGAUGCUGUCCCUAAUCCCGACCAACCUCCACUUUCGCCAAUGCCCCAGGAUGGAAAACGGCCGGGUCAUGAUAAUGGAAACCCAGAAGGACCAAAGGAUUUUUCUUUUGAAGCUACGCCUGUAGAUAUGAAAGGUAAACCACCGGUGCCUCUUCCAGGAGGUGAGGAUUUCAAAGAAAAACCCAAAGAUAAGAGCAAGGGCAAAAGCAAAAGCGGAAGCAAAAAAAGAAGCAAAAAAAGAAGCAAAAAAAGAAGCAAAAGCAGAAGUAAAAGCAAAAGCAAAAACAAAACACCCACCUGGCCCGUAUUCCCCAUCGGACUACAAACCAGCCUCGACAAAACCUUGCUUCAGCAGGCACUCCAGAUCCCGGAACUCAAAAACACCAUCUUAUUCUGUGCCAUAAUUGACAAAAGUGGAGGCACAGUAACAUUCAAAGGUAUUAUAUAUCUAACAGGAUUACUACCCACGACGACGGUGUAUCAGAUGAAAGAAAUGUUGAGCGAAAAGGAGACGGGGAUACCGGUGAAAGAUAUGAAGUUGAUGGGGAAGGAUCGAUUGACUGUAUUUAGGGAGUUUGAGGAUGAGGAAACGAGAGCGGCGAUUUGUGAGAUUGAGAUUUGUGUUUAUGAUAUUACGAAGGCGUGA